CCACAGACCACCCGGUAUUGCGACAACAGCCCAGCGCCUGUCCAAACUACACCGCGUGCGCCCAAUUGCCCCGCGCGCCUUUGCCUCCCACCGCCACACCACGCUCGCCCACUCGUCAAUACUCCUCGCCUACUACUAAUAGGUCACCACCCAUUGUACUCCGCCGCUUCAUCGUUCGCAGCCAUGGCCAAGGGCGAGGACCUCGAUCCUCGCAUGAUGCGGGUGACGCCGCGCGUGCGAUACAACACCAUCGGUGGCAUCAAUGGCCCGCUGGUCAUGCUGGAGAAUGUCAAAUUUCCACGAUACAAUGAGAUUGUCUCUUUGACUCUUCCAGAUGGUACGGAGAGGUCAGGGCAGGUGCUCGAAGCAAAGGGCAACCGUGCUGUUGUUCAGGUCUUCGAGGGCACAUCAGGCAUCGACGUCAAGAAGACGAAAGUCGAGUUCACAGGUCACAGCUUGAAGCUCGGAGUAUCAGAGGAUAUGUUGGGUCGCGUCUUUGAUGGAUCCGGACGAGCAAUUGACAAGGGGCCAAAGGUCCUGGCUGAGGAUUACCUGGACAUCAAUGGGUCUCCUAUCAACCCAUUCUCUCGGGUCUACCCCGAGGAAAUGAUCUCCACGGGUAUCUCUGCCAUUGACACCAUGAACUCGGUCGCCCGUGGCCAGAAGAUCCCCAUCUUCUCUGCAUCUGGUCUUCCUCACAACGAAAUUGCCGCACAAAUCUGUAGGCAGGCAGGCCUGGUCAACCAAGGAAAGCCCACCAAGGGUGUUCACGACGACCACGAUGACAACUUCUCGAUUGUUUUCGGUGCCAUGGGUGUCAACUUGGAGACUGCGCGAUUCUUCACCAAGGAUUUCGAAGAAAACGGCAGUAUGGAGCGUGUCACACUUUUCCUCAACUUGGCCAACGACCCCACGAUUGAGCGCAUCAUCACUCCUCGUCUCGCACUUACUACCGCAGAGUACUACGCCUAUCAAUUGGAGAAGCACGUUCUGGUCAUCCUGACAGAUCUGACCUCGUACUGCGAUGCUCUUCGUGAAGUUUCUGCAGCACGAGAGGAAGUCCCGGGUCGUCGUGGUUACCCAGGUUAUAUGUACACUGAUUUGUCCACCAUUUACGAACGUGCUGGCCGUGUCGCUGGCCGAAACGGUUCCAUCACUCAGAUUCCAAUCUUGACAAUGCCUAACGACGAUAUCACACAUCCCAUUCCCGACUUGACCGGUUACAUCACGGAAGGCCAAAUCUUCGUUGAUCGUCAACUGGACAACAAGGGUGUCUACCCUCCCAUCAAUGUCCUUCCCUCUCUGUCCCGUCUGAUGAAAUCCGCCAUUGGUGAAGGCCACACUCGCAAGGACCACUCGGACGUUUCCAACCAGCUCUACGCCAAGUAUGCCAUUGGUCGUGACGCGGCAUCCAUGAAAGCCGUCGUUGGUGAGGAGGCUCUUUCCAACGAAGACAAGCUAUCGCUGGAAUUCCUGGAGAAGUUUGAGAAGACGUACAUUUCGCAGGGCAUGUACGAGAAGCGAUCGAUCUUUGAUGGUCUCGAUAAGGCGUGGGAGUUGUUGAGAAUCUACCCCAAGGAGUUGUUGAACCGAAUUCCGAAGAAAGUGUUGGAUGAAUACUAUCAGAGGUCGAGCAAGAAGGAAGGUAGCAAGGAUACGAGAGAUAAUGGGGAGGAGAAUGGUGGCGAGUCUGGCCAACAGCAAAAUGGUGGAAAUGAUAAUUUGAUUGAUGCAUAAGGUAUGUAGUCAGUCAGAUACCUCACUAUGGCGAGAGAGUGUGAGCUGCAGUGCACAGGAUGAAAACGUUUUUGUAUCUAUCUACUACCAGGCAGAACGAGGAAGCGAGCAGGCAUGCACAUACC